AUGUUCAUCCUGACCAAGAUCGCCGACCUGGUAGAGAUCGCGCCAGAGGACUUCCGCAAGAAGAGUGUCGCCGCCAUCGAGGAUAAUAUCAACGCAAAGUACGCGAAUAAGGUCAUUCAAAAGAUUGGCCUCUGCAUAUGCCUCUAUGAUCUGUUGUGGACCUCCGAAGGCCUCAUCGGCCAUGGCACCGGUCUUGUUAACGUCAAUGUUGAGUUCAGACUCGUCGUUUUCAGACCUUUCAAGGGUGAGGUUAUGUUCGGCAGAAUCAGAAGCUCCACGCCGGCCGGUAUCAAUUUGAGGACCGACUUCUUCGACGACAUCUUUAUUCCUUUCGAUGAGCUUCCCGAGGGCGCAGAGUUCAACCAUUCGGAACAGCUAUGGAUCUGGAACAUUGAGGGCGACAGACUCUUCUAUGAUAACCAUGAGAUGGUCAGAUUCCAGGUCAUCGACGAGGAGUGGCACGACCAGACGCCCGCAGGCCCGAGUCAGGGGGAGGAAGCUGCACCGCCUAAGCCGCCCUACAAAGUAAAGGGCACCAUGGCUAUGGAGGGUCUCGGCGUAUGCCUCUGGUGGGACGGGCAGGGCAGCGAGUAG